UCCAGCUACGGAGACAAGAACAGCAAGAGAAGGCAGAAGAGGAAAGUCUGAGGUCAGAAAGCAAGAAGGAACCAGACUGGGUCCGAUCCUUUGUGGCCUCAGAAGGGCUCUAACAUCCCAGGGUAUGCAUCAGUUCAGUUCCCAAAACUUAUCUUUGGACCCUGUGCCCCCAGAGGGAUCUGGCCUUGGAGCUGUAGAAAUGGCCAUGGCAAUGGGUGUUACCUCAUGGAUCUGCGUGUUCAGCUUGCUGUUACUCUUGGUCAGGUGGUUCACCUUGUCCUCCUCAGCCUGCAGGUCGUCCAGGGUUUUCUGGAAGGAAAGAUACACAUGUGAGUGCCACAAGGCCCAGUGGGAGCAGCUGAACAGGCCUGAUUCUGUCGUCACUUCCAAUCUAUGCAGCUCCCAGGCUUUGGGAAGUUGACUUGACUUCAGUGAGUAGGUACUGAGCACCUGCUCCUGGCUCUGGGUGAGGCCAGAGCAGAUGGACCUGAGCCACCCAUCAGGGAGGUUAAUUGCUUGAGCCAGGGAGGUUAAGGCUUCAGUGAGCUCUGAUCAUACCAGAGCACUCCAGCCUGGGUGACAGAGUCAGACCCUGUCUCUGCAAAAAAAUAUGAAAAUCAGCUAGGCAUGGUGGCACACAGCUGUAGUGCCAGCUGCUCAGGAGACUGAGGUAGGAUGAUCACGGACCUAAGAGGUUGGGGCUGCAGUGGGCUAUGAUGGCACCACUGCAUUCCAGCCUGAACAAUAGUGAGACCUUAUCUCUGGUCCCCAGGGGGCAUAUGGGAAAUAGGUGGGGUGCUUCUGGUUGUCACAGUGAUUGGAGGUCCCCCUGACAUUUAGUGGGUGACUCCAGCAAUGCUGGACAUCCCACCUUGCUCUGGACAAUCUGGUACCAUGAAGAAGAAUUCAGUAGUCCACAUUCCUGAUGUCCCACCCAGGCAUUCAUGUGAGUAAAACAACCAUUUCUACUCUUCUGAACUUAGAGCCCAGCACCGUUUUACAUGUAACUCAAUGUUCUUUUUCAUUUAAUAUGCACUGCAGUUUUUUUUUUGAGACAGGAUCGUACUCUGUCACUUAGAUCAGAGUGCAGUGGUAUGAUCAUAGCUAACUGCAGCCUCCACCUCUUGGGCUCAAGCAACCCUCUUGCCCCAGCCUCCUGGCUAAUUGUUUUUCCUAUUUUUUGUAGAAACAGGGUCUUGCUAUGUUACCCAGGCUGGUCUUGAACCCCUGGGUUCAAGCAGUACUUCUGCCUCAGCCUCCCAAGUAGCUGGGACUACAGGCACAUGCCACCACACCUGGCUUAUUUUUAAAUUUUUUGUAGAGACAGGGUCUUGCUAUGUUUCCCAGGUUGGUCUAAAACUCCUAAGCUCAAGCAAUCCUCCUGGCUUGGCAAUCCUCCUAUAAAUCCUCAUGCUUAGGUUAUAGGCAUGAGCCACUACACCUGGCCUGCACUACAUUUUAUUUUAUUUCAUUUCUAUUUAUUUAUUUAAUUAUUUUGAGACGGAGUUUCUCUCUUGUUACCCAGGCUGGAGUGCAAUGGCACGAUCUCAGCUCACUGCAACCUCCGCCUCCUGGGUUCAGGCAAUUCUCCUGCCUCAGCCUCCUGAGUAGCUAGGAUUACAGGCACCCACCACCACACCCAGCUAAUUUUUUGUAUUUUUAGUAGAGACGGGGUUUCACCAUGUUGACCAUGAUGGUCACGAUCUCUUAACCUCGUGAUCCACCCGCCUCGGCCUCCCAAAGUGCUGGGAUUACAGGCUUGAGCCACCGCGCCCAGCCUUCUAUUUAUUUUUUAAUUUUGCGACAAGGUCUUGCUCUGUUGCCUGGGCUGGAGUGCAGUGGCGUGAUCUUGGCUCACUGCAACCUCUGCCUCCCAGGUUCAAGUGAUUCUCAUACCUCAGCCUCCCAAGUAGCUGAGAUUACAGUUACGUGCCACCACACCUGGCUAAUUUUUGCCUUUUUAGCUUAGACAGGGUUCUGCCAUGUUGGCCAGGCUGGUCUCAAACUCCUGACCUCAAGUGAUCUGCCUGCCUCAGCUUCCCAGAGUGCAGAGAUUACAGGCAUUACAGGCAUUAGCCACUGUGCCCAGACACUGCAUUUGAAAAGAAUGAUAUGCUGGUGGGGUGCGGUGGCUCACGCCUGUAAUCUCAGCACUUUGGGAGGCUGAGUUGGGUGGAUCACCUGAGGUCAGGAGUUUGAGACCAACCUGACCAACAUGGUGAAACCCUGUCUCUACUAAAAAUACAAAAAAUUAGCUGGGUGUGGUGGUGGGUGCCUGUAAUCCCAGCUACUUGGGAGGCAAAGGCAGGAGACUCACUUGAACCUGGGAGGCAGAGGUUGUAGUGAGCCGAGAUUUCUCCACUGCACUCCAUCCAGGCGACAGUGCAAGACUCCAUCUCAAAAAAAAAAAAUGAUGUACGAUGGAAACUGAGAGAAGAUUUAUUGGUUAUCGUUGUUUCCCUAAAAGUUAUGCGCCAUUCUAUAAAUCCCAUCCCUGAUAGCACCACACCUUGCCAUCUGAGUCACCACACACCCUCCUGUGCCCAUCUACUACUAGUUGACCUCCCUGAGCUUUUUUUUUUUUUUUUGAGACAGGGUUUCACAGUGUUGGUCAGGCUGGUCUCGAACUCCUGGCCUCAAGUGAUCUGCCUGUCUUGGCCUCCCAAAGUGCUGGGAUUACAGGCGUGAGCCACCACGCCUGGCCGACCUGCCUGAGCUUUUAUACAUCAACAGCACAUUACCUAGUGUCAAUUUCCACUCAUUUCUCCUUUAUAUCAAAGGGUGUGCUAUUGAUUUCUUGAAGUUAUGUAUUAUGUAAUUUAUAAUUUUUACUUAGGAAUAGUAAAAGGAUAUUCUUUUACUGUUUAUUUUUAUAAAAAUACAUUAAAAAUAAAUUUAUUUUUAUGAGACAGAAUCUUGCUCUGUCACCCAGGCUGGAGUGUAGUGGUGUAAUCUUGGCUCACUGCAACCUUUGCUUCCCGGGUUCAAGUGACUCUCCUGCCUCAGCCUCUGAGUAGCUGGGAUUCAGGCGCCCACCACCAUGCCCAGCUAACUUUUGUAUUUUUUUAAUAGAGAUGGGGUUUUGCCAUGUUGGCCAGGCUGGUCUUGAACUCCUGACCUCAGGUGAUCCACCUGCCUCGGCCUCCCAAAGUGCUGGGAUUACAGGCAUGAACCACCACACCUGGCCUAUUAUAUUAUUAUUAUUCUUAGUGAGAUAGAGUCUUGCCCUGUCACCCAGGCUGGAGUACAGUGGCACAAUCUCGGCUCACUGCAACCUCUGCCUCCCAGGUUCAAGCAAUUGUCCUGCCUCAGGCUCCUGAGCUGGGACUAUAGGCAAGCACCACCAUGCCUGGCUAAUUUUUGUAUUUUUAACAGAGACAGGGUUUCACUAUGUUGGCCAGGCUGGUCUCGAACUACUGACCUCAGGUGAUCUACCCACCUCGGCCUCCCAAAGUGCUAGGGUUACAGGCAUGAGCCACCACGUCUGGGCUAUUUUAUUUAUUUAUUUAUUUUGAGACUUGGAGUUUCAUUCUUGUUGCCCCGGCUGGAGUGCAAUGGUGCAAUCUUGGCUCACUACCACCUCCGUUUCCUGGGUUCAAGCGAUUCUUCUGCCUCAGCCUCCCGAGUAGGUGGGAUUACUGGUGUGCUCCACCACACCCACCUAAUUUUUUAUGUUUUUAGUAGAGAUGGGGUUUUACCAUGUUGGCCAGGCUGAUCUGGGACUCCUGGCCUCAAAUGGUCUGCCUGCCUUGGCCUUCCAAAGUGCUGGGAUUACAGGCGUGAGCCACCGCGCUGGGCCUAUUUGUUGGAUUCUCUAUUUGUCCAUUCACCCAUCCACCAAAACGUAUUUGUAAUCCACAGUCAGUACUCGCAGCACUUUCUCAUGGUCACCCGCAAACAUGCACGUGGGGGCAGGAAAAAUUUUGAUGCACGCUUUUUCUGCUGAGGUCGAACCAGGUGAUACUCUGCGUUUUUGUGCCAACCUCAUACUGUACAAGUGUCAUUUUAAUGCUCUAUUUAGUGCCAUGCUUUUUUUUCUUUUCUUUUAUAUGGGGCUUUGCUGUUUAAAAUGACCCCCAAACAGUGCUGAAGUGCUGUUGAGUGUCCUUAGUGCAGGAAGGUAGUGAUGUGCCUUAUGAGAAAAUACAUGUGUGAGAGAAGCUUCAUCCAGACACAAGGUAUAGAUAGUGCUGUUGGCCAUGAGUUCAGUGUGAAGCAACAAUUUAAAUAAGACCGUAUAACAAAGUAAUAUAUUGACCAUAGUUACAUCAAUUAUGUAUUGAUUGUUUGAUGAAAAUGUUGGCAGGGUGUGGUGGCUCAUGCCUGCAAUCCCAGCACCUUGGGAGGCUGAGGUGGGAGAAUUGCUUGAGCCCAGGAUUUCAAGACCAGCCUGGGUAACAUGAUGAAACCCUACAAAAAUUGGCUGGGCACAGUGGCUCAUGCCCGUAGACCCGACACUUUGGGAGGCUGAGGCGGGUGGAUUACAAGGUCAGGAGUUUGAGACCAGCCUGGCCAACGUGGUCUAACCCUGUCUCUACUGAAAAUACAAACAACUAGUUAGGUGUGGUGUCAGGCACCUGUAAUCCCAGCUACAUAGGAGGCUGAGGCAGGAGAAUCGCUUGAACUUGGGAGGCGGAGGUUGCAGUGAGCUGAGAUCAUGCCACUGCACUCCAGCCUGGGCGACAGAGUAAGACUCUGUCUCAAAAAUAAACAAAAACAUAAUGACUGUAAAUAGCACAAAUCGACUGUAUUUGUUAUGAAAGGGGCUCUGGGUCUGAUAUGCUUGAAAAUCACAGGGCAAGAGUGGCAGUUCCCAAGGCAGCAGGGAGAGACACUCAGGGGACAUGUGGAUUCAUGGUGUCAGCAAACACAAGGACAAGGGUUCACUGUCUGGCUGUUUGCCCCUGUUUCUCUGGAGGUCAGCUCUGCAUUCAGAAGCCUGAGCCCAUGACAGCAGCCCUGGGAAAGUAGGGGAGUCUCCCCAUGGCCUCAAGAGCUCAUGACCUGUUGUUGCCACAGUGUCAGGGUUUGCUGGGGCUUUCAAGCUCAUGGGUCAUUUCCAUACACCCUGCUCCAACCCCACCAUUCCAGUGAGCAUACUUUCUCCAGUGUGCAUGGGCCCAACCUAACUCAUCAUUGUUUUGUUGUUGUUGUUUGUUUUUUUGAGACAGGGUCUUGCUCUGUCACCCAGGCUGGAGUGUAAUUGGUGCAAUUUUGGCUCACUGCAACCUCCAGCUCCUGGGUUCAAGUUAUCCCCUUUCCUCAGCCUCCUGAAUAGCUGAGACUACAGGCACAUGUCACCAGACCUGGCUAAUUUUUGUUAUUUUUUGUAGAGAAAUUUUGCCAUCUUGCCCAGGCUAGUCUUAAACUUUUAAACUCAAGGGAUCCUCCUGCCUCAGCCUCCCAAAGUGCUAGGAUUACAGGUGUGAGCUGCCAUGCCUGGAUGAUUCAUAAUUGUUGAUAGCUCCCCCUCUUGCUCUCAAAACUGACCUAGUUUGGAAAACAAAAUAUAUUGUUGCCCUACUUAUAACAAAUUUCGAAAGAAGGCAAGAGGGGGCCACACCCAUGUCACUCUUGAGGAAAUUGAGAUGUACAGAGAUUCCUUAACUUCCCUGCGGCCCCAAGCUGAAGGGGCAUCAGAGCCAGGAUUUGAAAUGGGGGCUCUAGUCUCCAGUGCAAAGCACAUUGUGCUAAGCUUUAGCCACUGGCCUGAGGAAAGACUCAGGGUAAACCUACCUGGUGCAACUCCUCCAGGGCCCUCUUCUCCUUCUGGAGCUUGGCAAUGGAGUCUUCACGGAGUGACAGAUCCCCAGUCAGGGUACGGACCUUGUGAUCCAGGGCCUGGAAGCCAGGGCAGGGAGAGAGGUGGGUUGUUAAGGCUGGAAACAGCCUUUGUGAAGAGGAGAGGAGGGAGUCCUCGGCUUGGGUGCACUCUGGAGUUUCCUGGGAGCUUGAGAAAUGCCAGCACCGAGGGCGUGUCCCAGGCCAACCAAGUCAGAACCUUGGGGGUAAAGGGAAGCAGCAAGAACCUAGGCUCCUCAAAGUAUGGUCCCUGGAUGUCAGCAGUGGCAUCACCUAGGAGUAUGCUAGAAAUGUAGAUCCUCGGGCCCCACCAGACCCACCAGAGUCUGCACCUGACCGUAUCCCUGGUGGUUUUUGUGUGUGCAGCAGAGCAGAAGUACAGGUUUAGGCAGAGUCCCUCUUACCCUGCUCAUGAACCCGACCCACCUGCAACAGCAGGAAGGGGAUGCAUCAGGAGCCAGGGCUUCCCCCAGGGAGCUGCUCAGAGGGGCAGCAACUGCUUGUUUGGGCAGAAAUUCAACAGUUAAAGGUGGACACUUCACCAUGAUGGGAACAGCUUUCAGUCCUCUUAGUCAGCUGCCCUGCCCAGCAGAACUUUCUGCAGUGAUGGACAUCUUCUCUGCCUUUGCUGCCCCAUGCAGUGGCACUUCACGCCCAUAGCUGUUGAGCACCUGCAAUGUGGCUUGUGCAACUGAGGAACUGAAUUUUAAGUUGUAAAUUAAGGUAGCCCCAUGUGGGCUGGGUACAGUGGCCCACACCUGUAAUCCCAGAACUUUGGGAGGCUGAGACGGACAGAUCACUUGAGGUCAGGAGUUUGAGAUCAGCCUGGCCAACAUGGCAAAACUCCAUCUCUGCUAAAAAUACAAAAAAAUUAGCUGGGCGUGGUGGUACGUGCCUGUAAUCCCAGCACUUUGGGAGGCCGAGGCAGGCGGAUCACCUGAGGUCAGGUGUUCAAGACCAGUCUGGCCAACAUGGUGAAAUCCCAUCUCUACUAAAAAUACAAAAAUUAACCAGGUGUGGUGGUGCAUAUCUGUAGUUCUGGCUACUCGGGAGGCUGAGGCAUGAGAAUCACUUGAACCCAGAAGGUGGAGGUUGCAGUGAGCCAAGAUUGUGCCACUGCACUCCAGCCUGGGUGACAGAGCAAGACUGUCUCAAAACAAAACAAAACCCCCAAAAAUAAUAACAAAAAAAACAGCCCUAUGUGGCCAGUGGUUAGGGCACUGACUGUAGCCACCAUGGGGGCUCCAGGUAUGGCCCCUGGAGAGCACCUGAGAAAAGCAUGGCAGGGCCCCAGGCUCUCCUCACCUGCUUCUCCUUCUCUGUCUUGGCCAGCGUGGUUUCCAGGCCCUCCAGGUCCCGCUUUAGGUCACUCAGCUCCCCCUCCAGCUUGCGCUUGGCGGCGCUCAGCGAGGCAGCCGUGCCCUCCUCUUCCUCCAGCCGCUCCCGCAUGUCCGAGAUCUGGCUCUCCAGCUCCAUCUUGGUCUUCAUCAUCUGUGUCAGGCGCUCCUCUGCAUCCAUUAGGUUCUCUUGCUCCUAUUGGGAGAAAGAGCUCCAGUCGAAGGCAGGGUCCAGGCAAAGACCACACCAAGACCCUGGACGAGACUUGAGCUGAUGGGUCCUGAACAAUUGUGUCCUGGGGGUUAGAUGGGGUUGGACAAAGGGCCAGGCUAUCUCUGAGCUCCUUUUUUUUUUGAGUCAGAGUUUUGCUUUGUUGCUCAGGCUGGAGUGCAGUGGUGCAAUCACAGCUCUUGGAGUCUCAACCUCCCAGGCUCAAGCAAUCUUCCCACCUCAGACCCCCAAGUAGCUGAGACUACAGGUACACACUGCAAUGCCCAGCUAAGUUUAUUUUUGAGACAGAGUCUCACUCUGUCACCCAGGCUGUGGUACAGUGGCGCAAUCAUGGCUCACUGCAGCCUCAACCUUCUAGGCUUAAGCAAUUCUCCCACCUCAGCCUCCUAAGUAGCUGGGACUACAGGUGUGCCACCACACCCGGCUUAUUUUUAAAUGUUUUUGUAGAGAUGGGGUUUCACUAUGUUACCCAGCCUGGUCUCAAAUUCCUGGGCUCAAGCAUUCCUCCUGCCUUGGCCCAACAAAGUGCUGGGUUUACUGGCGUGAGCCCCCGAAUCUGGCCCAGAAGGAUUCUUCCAUCACUGUGGUCUAGCCCAGCCUCAGCCUCCACAAACAAAAUGGGGAUAUCAGUUGAAACAACUUAUCAGGGGUAUGAAGAGGAUAUAGAGAAAUUAUGUUGGAGGCAGCUUCGGGGACAAGGGAAGGAAAAUGCAAGCGAAGAUCAGGGAGGCCUGAAGAUGGAAUUGGGCCCCUUCCAGGGCUAGGUUUUUUACUAAUGGGCCUGGAACCUUGAUCAAAUUUCUAAAUGUCUGCCAAACUGGGUUUUCCACUCUGUACGAGGCACAUGAAAAUCCAGUGUCUUACAGGGCGGCUGUGAGAGUCAAAUCAGGAAAGGAAUAGGAGAAGCUUUGCAAACCGGAAGGACCCUGGCAGUGAAUUCACCGCAGGACAUUUAAUCAGCAUCUUCUUGAACUCCACCCUCAUGAGGAAGCCCCGGAGCCGACACUGCAGCAUCGUCAUGAUCUUGGCCAGACGCUCGUCCCUCAUGUCCUCAAGCUUGGCCAGGAUGCCUGCACGGAAGAACACCUGGGGAAAAGACGGCACGCCUUUGAAAAAAGCCCAGCUGUCACCCAGUGGCAGCUAUUGGAGGAGUUUUGAAUCAAAGAAGGUUUUUGUUUUUUGUUUUGGUUUUGUUUUUCAGAAAGGAUCUCACUCUGUUGCCCAGGCUGGAGUGCAGUGGCAUGAUUACAGAUGACUGCAGCUCGACCUCCUGAGCUUAAGCAAUACUCCCAUCUCAGUCUUCUGAGUAGCUGAGACUACGGGCACAUGCCACCAACUAAAUUUAUUAUUAUUAUUUGUAGAGAUGGGGUUUCACUAUGUUGUCCAGGCUGGGCCUCCCAAAAUGCUGGGAUUACAGGUAUGUGCCACCAUGUCCAGCUAAUUAAAAUUUUUUUUUCUGAGAUGGGAUCUGGCUAUGUUGCCCAGGCUGGCCUUGAACUCCUGAACUCAAGUGAUCUUCCCACCUCAGCCUCCCAAAAUGCAGGAAUUAUAGGCAUGAGCCACCAUGCCCUGCCUGUGGAUGCUUUAAAAAUCCCCCCAGAUGAGUCUAAUAUACAGCCAAGGUUGAGAACUUUGUUCUAGAGAAACUCCUGCACAGGACCAUGAGCAAGAAUGUUCACAGCCGCACUGCAGUGCAGUGUGGCAGUGAUAAUGUCACAUACCAAUGAGGCUGAAGCUUAGAAACAUGGCAAAGAGAUAAAAGCACGUCAUGGAAGAAUGUCACAGAAGGGUGUGUCAAGUACGAUACUUCCAUGACACUCGAAACCAAGCACAACUGCAGGCAUAUGUGCUAAAGCUAUUUUUGACAGGUAAGAAAAUGAGCCAGGUGGUGUGGCUCAUGCCUGUAAUCCCAAUGCUUUUGGAGGCUGAGGUGGGAGGAUUGCUUGAGCCCAGGAGUUGGGGAACAGCCUUGGCAACAUAGUGAGACUCCGUAUCUACAAAAAAUACAAAAAUUAGCCAGGUGUAGUGGUGUGCACCUGUAUUCUCAGUUACUUGGGAGACUGAGGUUGGAGAAUCGCUGAGCCUAGGAUUUGAAGCCGCAGUGAGCUGUGAUUGUGUGACUGCACUCCAGUCCGGGUGCACUCCAGAGCAAGACCAUGUCUCUUUUUUUAGACAGUCUCCCUCUGUCACCCAGGCUGGAGUACAGUGGUGUGAUCUCAGCUUACUGCAACCUCCCCUCUGGGGUUCAAAUGAUUCUCCUGCCUCAGCCUCCCGAGUAGCUGGGAUUACAGGUGUGUGCCACCACACUCAACUAAUUUUUUAUUUUUAUUUUUAGUAGAGACGGGGUUUCACCAUGUUGACUAGGAUGGUCUUGAUCUCUUGACCUCAUGAUCUGCCUGCCUUGGCCUCCCAAAGUGUUGGUUUUAGAGACAUGAGCCACCAUGUCCGGCCAAGACCAUGUCUCUUAAGAAAAAAAGUGGAUGUGACUUAUCAGCUGGAGAACUCUUGGGCGUCUUGAGCCUUGCAUUCAGCGAGACAUCACUCACCUCUGCUUGAACUCUGGGUACUGCAGCCUGUUUGGGAAGCCCUUCCUGCAGAUACGGAUGCCUUCCAGGACACCAUUGCAAGCUAGCUGGUGCAUGAUCAGAUGCCUGAAGAUGGGAAAUGGACCCUGGGCCCACUCGGUCGGCUCUUACCUUCUUAUCUGUGGUCUGUUUGCCAGUUCCUCCAAUGUUGGCAAAGUACUGGAUGACCUUCUUCGUGUUCUCAGUCUUACCAGCACCAGAUUCUCCGCUGCAGGUGGAAAAAAAAGAGUGAAUAAAAGAAGCAGGAAGAGGGGGGUUGGCCACAGAGAAAAGAAGCAAGACCAGCCUGGCCAACAUGACAGAGCAAGCCUUUGUCUUCCAGGCUGGACUGCAGUGGUACAGUCAUAGCUCACUGCAGCGUUGACCUCCUGGACUCAAGGGAUCCUCCCACCUCAACAUUGCAAGUAGCUGGUACUACAGAGACAGAGGUACACUAUGUUGCCCACGCUGAUCUUGAACUCCUGGCCUCAAGCGAUCUUCCCAUUUCAGCCUCCCAAAGUGGUGGGAUUACAGGUGUGAGCCUCCAUACCUGGCCAGGUCUGUUUUUCAUAUCUUUAGGAGCAGAGCUUUCAACAGACUUUUAAGGACUACUUUUAAAGAGCUGUUAAGGACUACAGCAGAUUCUUGUGCAGAGGUCUGCAUUGUAAAGAGAAAAAGUGAGGCUUCACUGGGCAAAGCAGGGGAGGUUAAACUUGAGGUGAAAUUUACAUUUUUCUCUACUUGAUAUUAGGAUUAUGUGUUGUAUUGUUAUAUAAGUCUUUUUUUUUUUUUGGAGACAGAGUCUUGCUCUGUCAUUCAGGCUGGAGUACAAUGGCAUGAUCUCGGCUCACUGCAACUUCCACCUCCCGGGUUCAACCAAUUUUCUGGCCUCAGCCUCCCGAGUAGUUGGGAUUACAAGAUCCCACCACCACAUCCCACUAAUUUUUGUGUUUUUAGAAGAGUUUUGCUAUCUUGGGCAAGCUGGUCUCAAACUCCUGACCUCAGGUGAUUUGCCCGCCUCGCCUCCCAAAGUGCUGGGAUUACAGGUGUGAGCCACUGUGCCUGACCUGUAUUUUUUUUUUUUUUUAAUUAACAGAGUCUUGCUCUUGUCAGCCAGGCUGGAGUGCAGUGGCGUGAACUUGGCUCGCUGCAACUUCCGCUUCUCAGGUUCAAGCAGUUCUCCUGCCUCAGCCUCCCAAGUAGCUGGGAUUAUAGGCACCUGCCACCACACUUAGCUAAAUUUUGUAUUUUUAGUAGAGACAGGGUUUCGCCAUGUUGGCCAGGCUGGUCUUGAAUUCCUGACCUCAGGUGAUCCACCCGCCUCAUGGCCACUGCGCCUGGCCUGUGUAGGUCUUUAAGCUCAAUUGUGUGUAAGCCUAUGAUGAUCCACAUUCUACCCCCUCUUGGGCCCUUUGAGGGCAGUGUCCAGAGAUCCUGGAGAGGCUGCUGGUGGGAGCUGUCACCCAGCAGCCAGGCCUGGAGCCCAUCCGUGGGCCACCCUCCCAAGCCAGGGUCUUGAGGUGCUUCUUGUUUAUUCCCAUGUGAUUGCCACGCUCUGGCUGAUGGGGGCAGAGGCUGGUGAGAAGAACUGGCCCCUGCCCCACUGUGAUUUUGGAAAGGGCUAUUCCCUGGCAGGAGGUUUUCUUUCUGCCCCAGUCCUCAGCAGGAAAGAGCAUACUCCAGUGGCAUCACUGCAUAGCAUUUGUUUAUUUAUGUAUUUAUUAGAGAGGGUCUUGCUCUGUCACCCAGUCUGGAAUGUAGUGGUUCGAUCAUAGCUCACUGCAGCCUCAGUCGCCUGGGCUCAAGCGAUCCUCCUGCCUCACACAACCCUAUAAGAAGCUGGAACUAUAGGCAUGCGCCACCAUGCUAGGGUGAUUAUUUUUAUUUUUAGAGCCGAAGGUCAAUCUUGCUAUGUUGCCCUGGCUGGUCUCAAACGCCUGUGCUCAAGUGAUCCGCUAGCCUCUACCUCCCAAAGUGCUGGGAUUACAGGUGUGAGCCACAGUGCCUGGCCUCAUUGCAUAGGGUUUAAUGAAGAGACAAUUUACUGAGGUGGGGCAGGGUUCAAGAAAGGCAAUAGGUAUAGUGGAGCACCCUCUGCUCAGGCCAUAGGGGAGGCCCCGCACCCUGGUUAUGGCUGCGGAAGAAGCGUUGGCCCCCAGGGGGAUGGGGCAACUCCAGGGGGAUGGAGCAACUGCUGCCUGAUGAGACCUACCAGGGCCCGGGGCUCAUUCACCUCUCCCCUCUUGCGCACCUGCCUCCUCCCAGCAUCUCCUGCGGCCAAACCCUACCAGAACCAGAAAGCAGGAACCCAGGCGGGUACUGAGGGGGUCAGCCUCCUGGACCCAGGAUAUGGGGAAAGAAUGGCAGGUGGAUCUGGAGCAACCAAAGCCAUCAUCUCCUGGCCCCGUGUGGGUCUUGCUUUGUCACCCAGGCAGGAGUAUAGUGGUGCAAUCAUGGCUCACUGCAGCCUUGACUUGAUGGGCUCAAGCGAUCCUCCCACCUCAGCCUCCCAAGUAGCUGGGACUACAGGUGACUUACUACUACCCACCAAUAUGCCGAGCUUAGAUGCUCCAGAAGAGAGGCUGAGAAAAUUUAAGUACCGAGGCAAAGAUGCAUCUCUGAGGCGACAGCAGAGGAUGGCAGUCAGCCUGAAGCUCCGAAAGGCCAAGAAGGAUGAACAGACAUUAAAGAGAAGGAAUAUCACCAGCUUCUGCCCUGAUACCCCUUCUGAAAAAACAGCCAAAGGGGUGACGGUCAGCCUCACUCUGGGUGAAAUAAUCCAAGGUGUGAAUAGCUCAGAUCCAGCCCUGUGUUUCCAGGCCACCCAGACAGCCAGGAAAAUGCUAUCGCAGGAAAACAACCCCCCUCUGAAAUUGGUUGUCGACGCAGGCCUCAUUCCCAGGAUGGUGGAGUUCCUGAAGUCAUCACUUUACCCCUGCUUGCAGUUUGAGGCCGCCUGGGCCCUCACCAACAUUGCUGCGGGGACUUCGGAGCAGACUCGAGCUGUGGUAGAAGGGGGAGCCAUCCAGCCCUUGAUCGCGCUCCUGUCUUCCCCCAACCUGGCUGUGUGUGAACAGGCAGUGUGGGCUCUUGGUAACAUAGCUGGUGACGGCCCAGAGUUCAGAGACAAGAUCAUCUCGAGCAAUGCUAUCCCACAUCUGCUGGCUUUGAUUUCACAUACCCUACCAAUCACAUUCCUGCGGAAUAUCACGUGGACCUUGUCGAACCUGUGCCGAAACAAGAACCCGUACCCUUGUGACGCUGCGGUGAAGCAGAUACUGCCGGCCCUCCUCCACCUCCUACAGCACCAUGACACCGAGGUUCUCUCCGACGCCUGCUGGGCGCUGUCCUACCUCACUGACAGCUGCAGCAAGCGCAUCGGCCAAGUGGUUGACACGGGGGUCCUGCCCAGGCUGGUGGCGCUCUUGAACAGCUCAGAGCUCAACGUCUUGACCCCAUCUCUCCGCACCGUGGGGAACAUUGUCACGGGCACAGAUGAACAGACGCAGAGGGCCAUCGACACGGGCAUACUGAACGUGCUCCCCCAGCUCCUCCAACAUAACAAGCCCUCUAUCCAGAAGGAGGCCGCCUGGGCCCUGAGCAAUGUGGCAGCAGGGCCCUGUCACCACAUCCAGCAGCUGCUUGCCUACGACGUCUUGCCUCCCUUGGUGGCUGUGCUAAAACACGGAGACUUUAAAGUCCAGAAAGAGGCUAUCUGGACGGUGGCGAACUUUGUAAUGGGGGCCACCCUGGAUCAGCUGAUCCAGCUCGUCCAUUCUGGGAUCCUGGAGCCCCUGGUGAAUCUGCUCACUGCCCCAGAUGUUAAAAUUGUUCUCAUCAUCCUCGAUGUCAUUUCUUUCAUCCUCGAGGCAGCAGAGAAACUGUCUGAGAAGGAAAACGUGUGUCUUCUGAUAGAAGAACUCGGUGGAAUUGAUAGAAUUGAAGCUUUACAACUGCAUGAGAACCGUCAGAUUAGCCUGUCGGCUUUGAACAUCAUCGAGAAGCACUUUAUCGAGGAAGAAGAGAGCCUAAUGUUACUGAGCCAAGUUGUAGACCAAGAUUGUGAAUUUAUAAACUGUGACUGCUUAGCAACAAAAUAGCCACGCUCCAUUGCCCCUAACCCAACAACCCAAUGCCAGUGGAUAAUCUCUUUAAGAAGCAGCAGCCCUAUAUCUUAGUGUAACCCAAAUGUAAAGCUUUUAAACUUAACGUUAAUAAAAUGUUCAGCAUGUACACCUUUCUCUAUCUGAACUUCAGAUAAACCACUUGCAUCUUAAAACCAUGUGGAAUUCAUCUCCUAAGAACAUUUGUUUAGGCUGGGUAUAGCAGCUCAUGCCUGUAAUCUCCGCGCUUUGGGAGGCCAAGGCAGGUGGAUCAUCUGAGGUCAGGAGUUCAAGACCAGCUUGGAUAACAUGAUGAAAUCCUGUCUCUACUAAAAAGACAAAAAAUUAGCUGGGGGUGGUGGUGUGUACCCAUAAUUCCAGCUAGUCGGGAGGCUGAGGCAGGAGAAUGGCUUGAACCCGGGAGGCAGAGGUUGCAGUGAACCGAGAUCGUGCCAUUGCACUCCAGCCUGGGCAACAAGAGUGAAACUGUCUCAAAAAAAUAAAAAUAAACAUUUGCUUAGUAAUCGGCUUUUAAAAGGUAUUAAAGCAAAACCUUCAAGACAGUAGCAUGGUCUUAUAACUAUCUGGACAGACUUUGUUUUUCUUCUUUUUUUAUCUUUUUUGAGGUGGAGUUUCACUCUUGUCACCCAGGCUGGAGUGCAGUGGUACAAUCUCAGCUCACUGCAACCUCUGUCUCCCAGGUUCAAGCGAUUCUUUUACCUCAGCCUCCCGAAUAGCUGGGAAUAUAGGCACCUGCCACCACACCCAGCUAAUUUUUGUAUUUUUAGUAAAAGAGAUGGGGUUUUGGCCAGGUGUGGUGGCUCACACCUGUAAUCCAAGCACUUUGGAGGCCAA